UAUGUUUGGAGCUGAUUGUCUACAAGAAUGUCAUUGUACUGAUGGGGCAGAUUGUGAUGACGUCACUGGAGAAUGUUCUGGAGAUUGCUCGCAAGGAUGGUCUGGUUCAGCAUGUCAAGUUCCUUCUGUUUGCCCAAACGGAUACUUCGGGACAAACUGUACACAGAAAUGCAAUUGCAGGAAUGGCACACCAUGCCUUAAAGAUUCUGGAUACUGUGACGAGGUUGAAGGGCAGUGCGACUUGGGAUAUUUCACUGAUUCUCUCGAGUUUCCAUCCAACUGUAUGACAUUUUCAGGAUGUUUCAGCUCUUGUUCAAAGACAUGCCAUUGUUUUGGUGGUGUUGAGGAUUGUAACUUUUUGACUGGGGAUUGUUUGUCAUCCACCUGUCAUCCAAGAUGGAUGAGGGAUCAAUGCCAAACAGAUCGUUUUGAGACGAGCUUUGAAAAGACCAAUCCAGGAGUGGCGAUCUUCUCCUGUUCCUUCACAGCAUCACCAGGGCAAAAUUUUCCCUCUGAGUAUGUAAAGGCAGCUGCAGGAAAGUCUACUACGGAACCCUGGAUGAUUCGUAUUAGCUCUGAUACAUCAGGAACAACCCUCAAUUAUUCAUUUAUCCACGAGUAUACAGGGCCAGAAGAACCAAUUUACUGCUUUGUCGCGGUACCUGAGAGUUCCUCCGAGUUUGCUUUCGUAACGCUACCUCCAAGAGAUUUCUUUGUUUUACCAAGUUAUAAUGGUGCACCAGAACUACUUGAAUUUGGAUACUACUAUGCAGCUAUCGGUUGGAGACAAUGGGACCCUAGCUCUGAUACCGGGGACGGACCGAUUGUUGGAUACAAGAUAUACGUGCGAUCAGGUAGCAAUGUCGUGUUGGCUAAAGAAGUACAACCUCCAAGCAUGGUGAACAAUACGGACCGUUCCGUAUCGAAGAGGUCUGCUGAGAAUGCCACUGAGAUGGUCAUGUAUAACGUCAGUGGACUUGAAGCAGGAUCAACGUACUCUGUUCAGAUUGCAGCGAUACGAGAUGGUAUCAACGGUGAAGGAGAACAAGGACCAGCAUUGACCUUUACAUCAAGACAAGUUUCCAUACCGUCCUCUUCUCCACCACAAUCAAAUUCAACUGGAGGUCCUUCAGGUUCAACAGCAACUGUCGUAGGAAGCUCUGUGGGUGCUAUUGUUGUGAUUGUUAUCGUUAUAGUGCUCAUCAUCAUCUUUUACAAGCGAAAAAGCGAUAAAUCAGCCUCUACUAGGUCUAAAGGGAAGGAGUCCGAUUCGUCUCCGCAGUAUGAGAACCCUGUAUUUGAUCCAUCAAAGACAGACGUCCAUACAUACCAAGACAUGAACACCGACCCUCAUACCUACCAAGAUCUCAGUACAGAUGCUAAGACCUACGCGAAUCUUACUGACACUCAAACAUAUGAAGACCUGAAGAAACCUGACCAAGAAGCUAACUACGAAGAAUUAAAUGACCCAAUGAAAAGAGAUUAUGUCAACGUGCCAGGCAUUUAAACAUUACUAUAAUCAAUGUUAUGAGAUUAGUUUCUUUAAAUGGAUAUAUAAUAUUCAAUUCAAUUCUAUUUCGUCCAAUAAUGACAUGGAAAUUCAUUGUGGGAUUUUACAUAUUGCGUUUACAUCAAAAUCAUGUACUAUAAAAAGACAUCAAAUGCAUGACAUUGAAAUAGAAAAUAAUUAUAUUUAAAAUCGGUGAGAAAUUGAAAAACAUAAAACGACAUCGACACAAUGCACAAAAGAGUAAAGAGGCCUCAACAUUACAUGUUGUAUUUAUAGGACAUCUAUAUACAACCCUAAAUGAUACAUUAACAGGACAUCAUAAAAACUGGUGUAUUACCCUAACCCUAACCCUAACCCUAACCCUGACCCUAACACUAACACUAACCCUGAAUUCAAAACAAUAUAACUAAUUAAACUAAUGACUAAUGAAUGAACCUAUUGUUUCUUGGGAGGUCUAUAAGUUUGCUCUGCCUGUAAACGUAAGGUGAGGUUAGUACUUAUAUUGUUCAAUCAUCAACAAGACAUAAUAAUGUAUCAUGCAGUUGCAAAUAUAAAGGAAAAAUUAUUGAGUCAUGUAUAUACACGUAUGCCAUAAACUACGAAGGCAUAUUCCAUAUUGUUAAUUGUGUUUUGAUAUAUCAGUAGGACAAUAUACAAUGUUGUACUGUACUUUUUGUAUGUAUUGGUUAUUAGUGUUACUGUCUGUUAUUGGUGGUGGAAAGCUUUAUUACCACAUUAGUGGACACGAAUGAAUAAAUAAUCAAUUAUUAUUAUUAUUGUUAUACUAUUAUCACUAUAGCAGUGAAAUUCAAGUUGAUUAAUAGGUCAACGAUAAUGUGUUAGGAUAUGAACGAUGAAAUAUGCAAAUGAGUUUUGAAUAUAGACUAUGCAUAAUAAAAUAAACAUUAAAGCAUUGUAUUAUGUAAGGUUGGAUGUUUAGUUAAAAAAUUAAUAGUAGAAUUAGAAGUUAAUUAAUAGAGUCAGAUAAUGCAAUCUAAGUCAACAUUUGUAUAUAACCAUAUGAGCAGGGGAUGUUUAGGCACAUAUUAAAUGUGGGUCCUGAUAAAUAUAAUUAUAGAAUGCGUUAUGUAAACAUCAAAGAAGUAUAAACAAUAAAGAAUACCCCCAAAAUAGACUUAUUUUGUUUGUUUAAAACUAGUCAAUUAGCACUUUAAACAUUUCUUAACAAAACUAAUCCGUCUGAUUAUUAAAGCAGUUUGGAAUUUUGAAGACUGCGCUAAAAGUCUGCCAAAUACCAGAUAGAUUACGCGGUGUCAAUUAAUACAAAUAAUAAUGCAUUAAUCCCUUUAAUUUACCGGUAUAUGUUUCCCUUUACCGGUAUAAUUAUUUUUAUUAUGUUAUAUAUGUUUGUACUCUAUAUUAUGUCAAAUAUAUGUCAAUGUUUAGUUUUUAUGAAAGUUAUGUUUUCAUGUAUUGCUUGUAUUUUUGUGUAUCACAUUUUUUGAUAUGUAGUCCUAGAGGGCGUACUUGAAAAGCAGUUCUUUACCAAAUGUACCUACCCUCUAUUUUAAAUAAAACUUGAAUAAAUAAAUAAGUACAUAAUCGGGAGACAAUGAUUUUUUUUGUAAUCACUUCCCUAAGGAAAUGCCAGUGUUUCUAACUGUCUGGGUAUACGUCUUUUCAUGCUGGAUGUCGGGCUGAUUGGCAUUUAAAAAUGUUUUAUUUGAUGUGUAUUUCAAAUUGUAGACACCGUGUCGUCCGGAAUUCUUUUUUCGAAAGUUGCAUUUUAUUCUCUCUGCUGAGGUAUCAGAUUAUAGCGAUUUUAGAAAUAUAAGAUAUGUUUUUUAUGUUUCAAUGCAGGUGCAAAUAUAAAUGAAAAAUUAUUGAGUCAUGUAUAUACACGUAUGCCAUAAAGUACGAAGGCAUAUUCCAACUUGUUAAUCGUGUUUUGAUAUAUCAGUAGCAAAAAAGUAGCACAAUAUUCUACUGUACUUUUUGUCUGUAUUACUAGUGUUAUUGCAUGUCAUUGCUGAUGGAAAGCAUUAUUACUACAUUAGUGGACAAUAAUUAAUAAAUAGUCAAUAAUUAUUGUUCUUGUUAUAAGUAGUAUUAGUAUUAAUACAGCUGCUCCUACGACUAUUAAGCAGUGGAAUUCAAGUUGGUUAAUUUGAACGAUGAAAUAUCAAAAUAAGUUUUGAAAAUAGACAUAGAUUAUGCAUAUUAAAAUUAACAUGAAAGCGUUGUAUUAUGUAAAGGUGUAUUUUUAGUUAAUAAUUAACUAGUAGAAUUAGAAGUUAAUCCAUAGAAUUAUAUUAUGUAAUCCAAGUCAACAUUUAUGUUUAGGCACGUAUCAAAUGUGAGUCCUUAUAGUCCACAAUAUGUAAACAUCAAAGAAGUAUGAACAAUACAGAAUAACCCCCAAAUAUACUUACUUUGUUUGGUUUAAACUCGUAAAUUAGCACUUUGAACAUUUCUUAACAAAACUAAUCCGUCUGAUUAUUUAAGCAGUUUGAGAGUUUGCAGACUGAGCUAAAAUUCUGCCCCAAACCAGCUUCAUUACUAUGCAGUGACAAUUAAUACAUACAAAUAACAAUGCAUUAAUCGGGAGAAUUACUUGUAAAAUAUAAUUGUGGGUAUUGACCGGUGAAUUAUGUUAUCAUUUUUGUUAUUUAGGUUUUAUUUCCACAUUAACUGCAUAUGAACAGAAUUUACUAAGUAACCCAUAUACAAGGUAACAAAACAUAUAAAUAUAUUCGAUAGAUAGGUAAUAUUAAAACUAUGAAAACGACUUCAUACAAGUCUUUAAAUACAAAGGAUGCUAACUUAAUCUACAGUAAUGAAGAGGAAACCUUAGAAGCAUUGUGCUUGUAAAUAAGGUUCCCUUUUUGAGAUGGGUACCCCAAGAUAUUUUCAUUUGGUAGUUAGUCAAAAAAUUAAACCAUUAUAAUUUUAGUAAAAAUACAGUGCUAUGAAACUUGUGUAUAGUGUUUUAGGCUUCAACAAAGUAGUAAAAUUGCAAAAUUCUGUUUUAGUUUAUCAAUAAUUUUCGUUUUUGUUUCAUUCUUCAGAUUCACAUUUUUACAUAAAUCAUAAGCAAUAAACAACAGGAAUGAAAAGAAUUGUUCUUUCAAUAGGUGUAAAAAUACAAACAGUAUUUAUAAUUUAUUUGUCGUGAAAUAUUGGGUAAUUCAGUUUUUUUAAAAAGCUAUGCUUGUAAAUUCUAACUACAAAAUUGCAUGGUAUUUAAACGGAAAUUGGACAAAUUUACUUGUCGCGAAAUAUAGGGUAAUCUAGUAAAAAUCUAAGCUUGUAAAUUUUAGAUUCCCAUGUAUCUUUAAGAACAGUCUAUUGAGCAUAAAGAUUAUGUUCAAUUAAAACUAGAAGGAAAAAAAAUGGGGAAAUGAGAGAGGCGAAAAUAAGACAGAAGAAAGCAUUAUGUCAGGGAGCCAUGGGAUGAACUACGUAAAUGUUCGAAAUGAAAAUGUUGAAUUUGCUUUUAAGCGGUAGAAUAACGAAUGCACAGUGAAAGACUACAGUUUCAAUGGGUAAUAACAUAUAUUUUAUGUAAACAUUUUUCAAAAUAUUUGUUUUUGCGUUUUAUGGUAUGACUUUC